AUGGAGGCAUCUUCGCAGAUCCUCACGCCGAGGAUCGUCGACUUUGCUUUGCUGGGUGGGAGCGCCUCGAGAACUCGUGGCACCCAUGGCAUCGAGGCCGUGGAAGGGCUGGAGUGCGGUGCUCAUCAUGUGAUCUGCCUCACGCGACCGCCAGGUCACGACAGAAGGGUGGUCUGGGCGUGGGGCUCUGCUGCUCGAGGGCAAUGCGGCCGGACCUUCGGAGAACGCGCGGAAGACAUUGUGCCCAGGCGCUGGUUUCCCCAGUCGUUGGCCGAUUUCUCUCCACCUUCCGUGCAUUGGCCGGUAGGCAUUGCUGCUGGACGUUCGCAUUCUGCUGUUCUUGCUCGGGCACUCGGACCGUUGAGCCAUGGCAACGAGGGGAAAGAUGCGCCCCUGCCAGAUGCGCUUGCAUGGGGCAGUGUGGGCAGCUCCGCCCGUCCGAAAGAGCUCCACGUGAAGAAGGACAUGCCUCCGGCCGUGGCCGAUUUCAGGGCCAGUGCGGGCCGAAAGAGCAGCCAGGCGUCCAGCCCAGGCGCCACAGCACUCGUUGACACUUUUCGGCGAACAGAGUCUCAUGUCAUAGACGUGUUCUGCCAAAGAUUGGCCUCCCGGGCGCUCGCAGUCCUUGCCGGGCAGAUCCAGGUCCGCCAUGCAGAGCUUGAUCCACAUGGGAGAGGAGGUCCUCAAAGACUCGGAGAGGCUGCGGAACUCGUGGGCGCCAACUCAUUCAGGCCCGGCGCCGAGGCCAAGGCCUCGGCGCCUCUCCUGGCGACUCGCCGAGACUCCGCAGUUCGUCCACAUGACGGGCAGUUGGUCGGAGCAUUUGGCUAUCGCAAGCUUCAGCGGGCGGAGUGGGCGUCAGUCACGGUCGCUUCGAUUGCUUUUGUGUGGCUUCUGGCAAAGACGCCGGGGCCGUGGCGCUCUGCCGCUGGGACACUGAUGUCGGCAAGGCAGCAUGUCAGGAUGCUGCUGUGCUGCCUGAGCAUCAUUUGGCUCGGUGGAUCUUUCUGGGCCACUCUUCUACUACUUGGGGUGUUGUGGAAGAUGACUGUCGCAAAGCCAGAGCUUCAAAAGCCGUCGAGCAUUCUCCCAUCCUCUUUGAGCAGGAUUGUGAGACUGGAGAAGCUAGCGCUUCAUCUGCUGCAGUCAGAGUCCGAGAAAGAGGCCGAUGUCUCCAAGGCGGCGAUGCUCUGUUGCCAUGGCUUCGGUGCGAAUGGGACUUCCUACGAGGAGGUGCUGCCCCUGUUCCUAAAGUCGGGCUUGGCCUCCGUGGUGCUGUGUCCGGACCAAGUUGGCUUCGGGCUGACAGAGAGGCCCAAUCUCGUCUUCAGACGCGGGAUGUCCUUCCGGACAGGGGACCAGACGACUUUGGGCAACCUCUCCGCGCCCCAAAUGUACACACUCCCUGGCAACGCCAUCCUGGCUGGCACAUUGCUGGACAGGGAAUGCGAGCUUCAAAGGAACUCCCUGAUCAUCGGCCACUCCAUGGGAGCGCCUCAUCCUGCUUCUUUCUGUCCUUGGAGGGAGUUACGGGUUACGUGCAGUGGCCGAGGCUAUCACGGCAUCCGCGGUCGCAGUGGCCAGGGCAGACAGAGAUCCCGGUUCCGUUACCUUGGUUUUGGAAACCUGGUAUUGGAAACCAGAAAUUGCUCGCUUCUGAUGGCGGGGCCUUUGCUACAAGUUUGA